CUUGUUUUAAUUACUUCAAAAGAUGACCAACUUGUUGAAAUUGAACCGGAUCAAUUAUGGAAACAAAUAUUUGGAAUGAUUGAAAGUUUAAUAGCUGAAGCAGACAAAUUGGAUUUAAAUAUUUUGUCUAUUGGAUUAAGUUGUCAUCGAAAUUCUUUUGUGACUUUGAAUAGGUUUUUAUUUUUUAAAUUUUAUUUUUCUAUUACUAUUUUACAUAUUCGAAAUCUCUAG